CCUUCCUGCCGGGGCGCCGGGCUCCACCCGGGGUUUUCAUGGAGCCGGACCGCGACCGGUGUCGGUACCGGUAGUUAGUGAGGGGUUGAUGCGGUAACCAGCCGCUAACCGACCGGUGAGGCGGCCGAAAUUCUGCUCGGCUGGUGGCGGCGGCGCUCGAGUCCCGCCGGCCGGAGGGACGCAGGCGGAUGGCGGCGGCGACGGGCGGCAGCGAGGAGCAGCAGCGCGCGGCCGUGGGCGAGCCCGAGCCCGAGCCCGAGCAGGGCGGCGGCGGGAGCGCGCUGCGCGCCGAGUUCGAGCGGGCGGCCGAGCACGCGCACAGGCUCGCGCCCGCGGCGAGCCGAGAGAAGCUGCUCUACCUGUACAGCAGGUUCAAACAGGCCAAAUUUGGAAAAUGUAAUGUUCCAAAGCCUGGAUUCUUUGACUUUGAAGGUAGACAGAAAUGGGAAGCAUGGAAGGAGAUGGGUGAUAUGACUGCACAACAGGCUAUGCAGGAAUAUGUUGCAGCUGUAAAGGAACUGGACCCAGAAUGGAAUCCUAAGGAUUUAGUGAAGGAGUCUGAUCAGAAGGUACUAUUUGGUGGCCCAGUGGUCAGCAGCCUUUAUCAGGAGGAAAUGAUCAGGGAAGAAGACAAAACUAUAUUUGAUCACUGCAGAGAGAACAACAUUGAUCAUGUUUUAAAAGCUCUUGUAUCUAAGAAUGUGGAUGUUAACCUGAGGGAUGAGGAGGGCAGAGCAUUACUACAUUGGGCAUGUGACCGAGGACAUAAAGAGCUGGUUGGGAUGUUGCUUCAACAAAAAGCUGAAAUCAACAGUCAGGAUAGUGAAGGACAAACAGCAUUACAUUAUGCUUCUGCCUGUGAAUUUGCUGAUAUUGUAGAGUUGUUGCUGAAUUCUGGUGCUGAUCCUACAAUUCAGGAUGGGGAAGGUUGCCUGCCUGAAGAGGUGACUGACUCCAAAGACAUCUCACAAAUGCUGCGACAGUAUGCUUCAUCUAAAGGCUAACACCGUCGCCAGGUGCCUGAUUCCAAAUGAACAACAUGGGAACAAAAUGUAUUGAAGUAUAUUACAUGGUAAUUGUUGCUUUACAAUCUGCAAUAAUAAGGUUAUUUAUGGUUGCAA